AUGUCAUCCCGGAUUCAGCAGCCUGAAAAUGCGGCCCUUGCUGUCAUGAAAAAUUUGCAGGACCAGCAUGACUGGACAGAUCUGGAAUUCAUCUACCUCAAGGGCCCAACUAGGGCUUUGGUGAAAGGUCUUCCUAGCAAGCGACUAUAUCUGCAUCCAGAUGACCAGAUCGCAGCGCUUGCACAAGAGCAAGCUACCGGCGAGCGAGUGCCCCAGGAAGCCGUACACGAAUUCGUACUACCAGUUCAUCUAUCGGAAAAAUGGUCUCUAGCCGACUUUGCGGCUGUUUUCGACUCGUUCACAAAUACGGACACACGCGAGAAGAGGAUUGUGCUUGCAACACUGCACAAUGACUCUACAGUGGUGUAUUACAUCAUGCAGGAGGGCAUGGUCAAGCCACGCCAAAACUAG